AUGGGGAGUAGCACGGCGGCUUCAGGAUGCCACGUGGGGCUAGAUAAAAUCCCGCGGGACUCGAAAUCGAGACGUCCCCUGCAUAGGCAAGAUUUUCAGGAGCGCGAGAAACGAGCGGAUGACGGCUGCUCUUGGGCUAGCGUAGCAGGCAAUCAGACUCGCAAGCUGUCCGCAUCAGACAGGUCUCAUACGCUAGAAUUCGGGGUGCUCCGACAGCCAGACGCCGGGGCCACUGCCGGCGAGUUGCAGAGCGAGCAGUCGGGGUGCACGCCAGGCCUUCCACCAGUUACGGGGCCCUCCGCUGUGGCAGGGCCGUCGGUCAGGAUAGCGGCGAUCCCCUUCGUGGGGAGAGAGGACACGCCACGUCUGCGCGGAGAAGCAGUGACUGCUCGCGAAGUACGCUUUCCUGGACCGACGCCGUUUCCCAGCAACCAACAGAACCGAAGCCCUGAACUAGCACCUACUCGCGCAAGUUCUCGUAGGCCGGAGACAGAAGUGGCGAAAAAGAACGCGCUGCAGCACUUGCUUAGUGUACAAAUUGCAGCGCUUCAGACGCAGAUUGAGAACGUCGAAAACGACGAAGCCGUUGACUCGGAUAUGGAGCAAUUUGUGCAAGAAGCGAGUUCUUGCUCGGAUGGCGGUCAGCUUCCUGCCUUUUGCCGAACAAUGAGUGAGCCAUGGCGGCCCCCGCAACGACGCGUUGAGCCAUCCUCGAGUGCAGCCGGCGACCCACAGCAACCGUCUACCCACGGGUGUGAGGAUACCAACUCGAGGGAGUUGCCUAGCAAGUCGCUGUCUGUCAUCAAUCAUGCAGCCGCCGCGCUUGAGCAGCCGCUCACCUGGAUCGACGGCGUAUUCCAGGUGGAGCUAGGUGCCCUACCAGAGUUGACACAAGGCACGAGUCCGCACGGUACGAAUGAGCUGCCCAUGCUACCCGGCGGGCCGAGCGAGGAGCAAGACCCCGGGGUAGAGAUGGAUGAGGACAUGAUCGCGGAAAUAGUGGCGGCGGCCGUGAGCGAAUCGCCGUGGGCACAAAGUGUCGACUGGGAGGGGCUGCUCCAAACGCACUCGACUUCAGGGGAUGCGUCGAGUGCAGAGGACCCGCCGGUGCGGGACGAGGCUCGGUAG